UCGAGAGGUUGCCGUGGUCUCUGAUCGGACCUUAUAUCGGCGGUGGGCGGAUGCCCAAAAAAGGAAUAAUAAAAAAAAAAAAUGAGCGAGUGAAUUCGAGGUUUAAGAAGUUGUUGAUCGGAGGCUUCGUCGGAGUUUAGUUGGGUUGAUUGGUUGAUUUGGAAGGAGGGAGGACGCGAGUGCAGCACGAAACGGAGAGGGAGAAAGCUAAAGCUCGCCGCGUGCGCCCGCAUUAUUUUCUCGACUUCCAAGCAAGGGAUCGGUGAGCGAGGCGCUUCGAUUCUGGCGGCUGUGGUUUGAAUUCAAGCUGCUCUUCGGAUCGUCGAUUGACAGUUGGUGGUUUCUUCGUCAAACGGCCGUCCGGGGAUUUGUUGGUUUCCCCCUUUCACUGCUGCCGCGAACUGCUGCGCCGGCGGCAUACGACAACUGGUGACCGCGGUCUCGUCCGGGUCAGUAAGCAGAGGCUUGAUGGUUUUAACAAAAUGCUUCUGCUGGGCUUUUUCUGGCCAAGCGUCUGAGUGUGAUGCUUCCUCAGUGAAAUCUUGUGUAGCUUCAUCCUGCCUUAGGUUGCGCACUGAUUUCUCCAGUUGUUGACAACUAUGGUUGCAGCUUGUAAAUCGUGAGCAUUAUUGUACUGAAAUCUUUCGGGAGGAUGAAUACACAUGCACAUUUGCGUGGGCAGAUCUCUAAUCAGAUGCCUGCCCAAACUAGCUCACAAGUAUCUGUCUCAUCGCAGCAAAUUGGAAACUUAAUUGUGCAGCCAUUGCAGAACCUCGGACCACGACAUAUGGAUACAGAACUUCAAAAUGGUCGUGCUACUAUGCAGAGGAAUAUAUAUAAUAUUCUUCAAAAAAGAAAUCAAUCAGGUCCUGAGUGGCCCCGCAGGCUACUAGAGGUUGUUAAGCGUAUUGAAGAUCAAAUCUUCAAGGAGAUUCCUUCAAAGGAAGUCUAUUUGAAUUUAGCAACGGAAGCAUCUGAGCAACAUCUAUACUCCAUGGUGAAGAGGGUCCUUUACAACAGUCGAUCAUCAAAUCAUAUUACAUCUUCCUCCUCUGUCAAUAUGAUCCCUACUCCUAGUAUUUCAAACAGUGGAAAUAACAAUACUGGGCAUUCAGUUAAUUCAGAGCAUCCUACAUUUUCCACCAGCAAAACCAUUGUUGCACCUCAAACUAUUUCGAGUUUUGCCAGCUUACCAUUAACUGCACAUGGUCCAACUGAUACCAAAGAUAAUAUAUCUUUGAAUGCUUCAGAUGGAACAAUUUCUAAUGGUUACCAGUAUCAAUCAUCCAACUUUGCUCUAGCUUCAAGUAGUGUAAUGUCUUCAAUUCCUUCAACUAAUGUGCCAAGGCAAUUUAGUCAAACAAUACCAACAGCAGGAUUUAAUAGUCAGCAGGCUGUUUCUGCAAAUGUUGAAUGCUCAAACGGAGGAUUAUCUAACACUGAAUCUAAUGUGGCUCCACAGUCUCUCCAACUAAAGAAAUAUGUUGAAAAUCAAAAUAUCCACACAUUACACAAUAUUGGUGCCCAAAUAGGGGCUGGAAUGAGGUUGAAUGUUCUUCAAAAUGGUUCCCCUCGCGGAUUAUCUAAUGGACUUGCUAAUGUUGCAUUGGGCUUUAUUGGGAACAACAUACAAAUGAGUGCCCCAGCAGCAUCUGAGGGUUUCCAAAGUCCAAAUCCUUAUUCUAGUUCCCCAAAGCCUCUAUAUCAGAAUUUGGAUCCGCAAUAUCAUCAACCAAGGAUGCCAACACCGAUGUCUCAGCAAGGGCUAUCUGUUCUGAAUGGUAGUUAUACAGCGAACAUGAGUGAUAUAACACAUUCUCAGACCUUUGAUGGACCAGAUUCAUCUGGUUUAUCUUCUAACUUAAAUUCUGUUAUGGAUCAGUCAAGAACAAACCAAGGAUUACUAAAUCCUCAUCCAGGUUUCCAUGCACCGCAACGUUCUCUUGAUGACAAUCCUCAAUUGCUUGUUGAUCAAUCUGUCAAAAUGAAUCAUCAGCAGCCACAGUCUAUUGGAGAAAAUCUUCUUCAAUCACAACACAAGGUGCAACAGUCUCUGCAACAGAAAAAUCAAACUCGUGUGCAGAUUGUUCAGAAUCAACAUCAGCUAUCCCAAAUUCAUCAGCAAAGCAUGCAGAACCAACUCCAACAACUUAUACGAGAGAAUGACUCUUUGAGACAGUCCUCAUCAACCUCAAGAUUUGGUGAGCAAUUGAUGUCUAAUCAUAUGAAUGUCACCUGUUCUAACACAUUUUUUCCAUCAACAACUCAGCAAGUCCAAUCUUCAGAUUUACAGACCCAUUACCAGCAACAUUAUUCUGCUGAAGUUCAAGCUCAAGCUAAAAGUGUUAAAUUUUUAGAUCCUUUGCUUAACUCUAAAGACUUUGAUGUUUCAAUUUCUGAGGAAUGUCGAAAGCUGUUGCAUCCACGCCAGCAGCCUGAUGGAUUUUCUAACAACUUUAGUUGUGUAUCUAGUGGAUCGCAAGUGGAGGAACUCCUUCAAUUUGAGUGUCAUCCUCAACCUAUUCAGCAACCACAGGUCACAGAUAAAUCAUCACUUCAACAAAUCCAGAUGGAGCUUCAUCAAAGAUUGAUUGGGCAAAAUGAAGCUGAACGCCCUCUUCCCAUUCAAGAACUAGAUUCCACAAAUGAAGAAUUUAUGAAGCAACAAAAUUAUUUAAAACAACAAAGAUGGCUGUUGUUUCUGCAUCACGCUCGCAGGUGUCCCUCAAAAAAAGGAAUGUGCGUAGAAGCUAACUGUGUGAAGGCUCAGGAGUUGAUUAUGCAUAUGGAUGCUUGCAGCAGUGAUCUGUGCAAGUUUCCUCGUUGUUUCACAUCUAAGAAAUUUGUCAAACAUAUUUGUAACUGUGCAGCAACUGAUUGUCCUGUUUGCAUUCCUGUCCGUGAUCGGAUAGCUGAAAAUUAUAAGGCACAUUCACAUGUGUUGUCCCAGACAUAUUUGUUGUCCGAAACAAACAGAGUUGCUGGUGGGAUGAAAGCAGAGAUAAUGCCUACAGAAGAUUCUCAGGACAAUCAACCAGCAUCAAAGCGUAUUAAGAGUGAACACAUGUCACCUAUUUUUCCUAACAGUGAACCUAGCUUGCUCUCUGUCACUCCUGGAAAUCAUCAAUAUGAUUUCUGGCAUGCUCAAGACCCAGAUUGCAAACAAACAACUCUGAAGAAUUCUGCUAAUUCUGAUUUCAAUGCGAACAUGGAUGAGCCUUUUGGUUGUGGACAUGAAAAAUUACCAGUAUUUGGCACUAUUAAGGAAAGUAUAACUUCGAGAGACUGCAAAAAGAAUCCUAAUGUUUCUAUCGAUGUUGGCUCUUGCAUCCAUCAAGAAGAUAUUGUGGAUGAUAAAUUGUUGAAUCGGGCUGCUGUUGAAAUCAACCAGGACCACCCAGCUAACCAACUAACCGAUCAAGUAACUGGAAAAUCAGGGAAGCCAAAGAUAAAAGGUGUUUCCUUGAUUGAAUUGUUCACUCCUGAGCAAAUUAAAGAGCAUAUAAUUGGUCUAAGGCGAUGGGUUGGCCAGAGUAAGGCCAAAGCCGAGAAGAAUCAAGCAAUGGAGCGCUCAAUGACUGAGAAUUCUUGCCAGCUUUGUGCAGUGGAAAAACUCACUUUUGAACCGCCUCCAAUAUAUUGUUCCUUGUGUGGUGCUCGACUAAAGAAAAAUGCACUGUAUUAUACAGUUGGCAGUGGUGAUGCACGCCAAUACUUUUGCAUCCCAUGCUAUAAUGAUGCUCGAGGUGACACUAUAGAAGCUGAAGGAUCUAUAUUUGCAAAAUCAAAGCUUGAAAAGAAGAGAAAUGAUGAGGAAACAGAAGAAUGGUGGGUGCAAUGUGAUAAAUGUGAAACUUGGCAACAUCAAAUAUGUGCACUAUUCAAUGGUCGAAGGAAUGAUGGAGAAGCAGAAUAUACUUGCCCUAAUUGUUAUGUGGAGGAAAUAGAGAGAGGUGAACGCAAGCCCUUACCUCAGAGUUCAGUUCUUGGUGCAAAGGAUUUACCCAGUACUAUACUCAGUGAUCAUAUAGAACAAAGGCUUUUUAGACGUCUAAAACAGGAGAGACAAGAAAGAGCCAAGCAGCAGGGAAAAUAUUUUGAUGAGGUGCCUGGGGCCGAGAAGCUAGUAGUUAGAGUUGUUUCAUCAGUUGACAAAAAAUUGGAUGUAAAGCAGCGAUUUCUAGAAAUAUUUCAGGAGGAAAAUUAUCCUAGAGAAUUUCAAUAUAAAUCCAAGGCCAUACUGUUAUUUCAGAAGAUAGAAGGGGUAGAAGUAUGCCUCUUUGGCAUGUAUGUUCAAGAAUUUGGUUCUGAUUGCCCUUUCCCAAAUCAGCGCCGUGUCUAUCUUUCUUACUUAGACUCUGUCAAGUACUUCAGGCCUGAAAUCAAAACAGUGACUGGAGAAGCUCUACGAACAUUUGUUUAUCAUGAAAUUCUGAUUGGAUAUCUUGAAUAUUGCAAGAAACGAGGAUUUACCAGCUGUUACAUUUGGGCUUGUCCUCCUUUAAAGGGAGAAGACUACAUAUUGUACUGCCAUCCUGAGAUUCAGAAGACACCCAAAUCUGACAAACUGAGGGAGUGGUACUUAUCCAUGCUUCAAAAAGCUGCCAAGGAGAAUAUUGUUGUUGACCUGACUAAUUUGUAUGAUCAUUUCUUCGUAACCACGGGGGAGUGCAAGGCCAAAGUAACUGCAGCACGUUUGCCAUAUUUUGACGGAGAUUAUUGGCCUGGUGCUGCUGAAGAUAUGAUCAAUCAACUUCGUCAAGAGGAAGAUAGUAGAAAACAGAUGAAGAAAGGCAAAACCAAAAUGACACUUACAAAAAGGGCUUUGAAAGCUGCUGGUCAUACUGAUCUAUCUGGAAACACCUCUAAGGAUGUUUUGUUGAUGCAAAAGCUUGGAGAAACUAUAUCCCCUAUGAAAGAAGAUUUUAUAAUGGUUCACUUGCAGCAUGCUUGCACACAUUGUUGCAUCCUAAUGGUGUCUGGGACACGAUGGGUUUGCAAUCAAUGCAAGAAUUUUCAACUUUGUGACAAGUGUUAUGAAGCUGAAGGAAAGGUCGAUCAAAGGGAAAGACAUCCUACUAAUAGUAGGGAAAAGCAUAUGUUACAUCCAGUUGAAAUUUAUGAUGUUGCUGAUGAUACAAAGGAUAAAGAUGAGAUUCUAGAAAGUGAAUUUUUUGACACUAGGCAAGCAUUUCUGAGUCUUUGUCAAGGAAAUCACUAUCAGUAUGAUACUCUACGCCGUGCUAAGCAUUCGUCAAUGAUGAUCUUAUAUCACCUCCAUAAUCCUACUGCACCUGCAUUUGUGACCACAUGCCAUGUUUGCCGUCGUGAUAUUGAAGCUGGUCAGGGCUGGCGCUGUGAAACUUGUCCAGAUUUUGAUGUAUGCAAUGCUUGCUAUCAGAAAGGUGGCGUUCACCAUCCUCAUACUUUGACUAAUCAUCCAACAAAUGUUGAACGUGAUGCACAAAACAAAGAAGCUCGAGCAAAGCGAGUCUCGCAGCUUCGGAAAAUGCUUGAUCUUUUGGUCCAUGCUUCGCAGUGUCGAUCUCCACAGUGCCAAUAUCCAAACUGCCGGAAAGUUAAGGGCCUUUUCCGUCAUGGUAUUCAAUGCAAGAUACGUGCUUCAGGUGGGUGUGUUUUAUGUAAGAGGAUGUGGUAUCUCCUGCAUGUCCAUGCUCGUGCAUGUAAAGAAUCAGCAUGCAGUGUACCUCGAUGCAGGGAUCUGAGAGAACACUUUAGAAGAUUGCAACAGCAAUCCGAUUCCCGGCGUAGGGCUGCAGUAAUGGAGAUGGUGAGACAGCGUGCUGCUGAGGUUGCUGCAAACUCGGGAUGACACACUGUAUAUAGAGGAUUUUGUCGACUAGUUGAUUAUAUUUCAUUCGAUUUCUUGAAUCAUGCCAUAUGACACGACUAAACCAGUCAGUGGGGGGUUUUGGCAACUGAGUCAGAGUGACUAAACAAUGGCACGAAGUGAUCAGCUCAUACUAAGUGAAUCUCCCGCUUCACCUGCUGUAUCUGCUGCAAAAAGUCCAGCGCAGUGCUAACAUAUUCUGUCGACAUCUAAACUGCCUGAGAUGCUCCAUCGAUUCAACUUACAGCAUUUAGUUCAUCGUCAAUGGUUUGUGGUUGUAUUAUAGAUGUAGUUCGUCUUUGCUAGUUCCCAAUUAGUCAUAUCAAGUUUCUAAAUUUUGAGUGUUUAGAGAAAGAAUGAAGAUGGAUGGUUCUUGCACUGGUUCGUGCCCGUCCCUUUUGUACAAUGUAUAUAUACUGCUUGAAAAAUGAAAAUAAGAGAAAUCUCGUCCUCCUUUACACUA